UACUCGGAAAUCUGAAACUCGUUUUGACUCAGGAAAGCAGCCCUUUUUGCCUAAGAGCCUCAGUUUUCUAUCGAGGAAAAACCCCACAAAUCCUCCAUGGAAAACAAUAUAUAAGUGUGGGUUUGUAUCAGCAAAAAUCCAAACCCAAAAAGGAGUAAGGAGAGAGAAGGAAGAAACCCAACAAGAAGAAAAAUAAAAACGUGUGGACGUUUUUCUUUUGUUCAUCUAUUUCUUGUAAAGAUCACAGAUGGCAGUGGUUAAAGAAAUCAUGGGUUGUUCUAUGGUGGAUGGGUCUUCUUUUGUUUCUUCUUCAAAAGUGCUUUUAAAUCAUGGCUUUCAGCAGAGGAAUCAGCUUCUGGGGAGGCCACUUUGGGUGCCUCUGGAGAAGAGGGGGUUGCAUUUGAGGAGGGUUGUGAGGCAGCCUGUUGCGGCUGUGAGUGAGGAUUUGAUGAAAGCUUCUGCAGUGCCAGCUGAGAAGGCUGUCAAGUUCAAGGUGAGAGCUGUUUUGACUGUGAAGAAGAAGAACAAAGAGGAUUUGAAGGAGACUCUUGUGAAGCAUUUGGAUUCUUUGACUGAUAAGAUUGGGAGGAAUGUUGUUCUUGAGCUUAUCAGCACAGAGAUUGAUCCUAAAACCAGGGCUCCAAGGAAGAGCACCCCAGCAGUGGUAAAAGACUGGUCCAAGAAAACAAACAUCAAAGCCGAGAGGGUGAACUACACUGCAGAAUUCACAGUGGACUCCAAUUUUGGAGACCCUGGGGCAAUCACAGUGACCAACAAACACCAGAAAGAGUUCUUCUUGGAGAGCAUCACCAUUGAAGGGUUUGCCUGUGGUCCAGUCCACUUCCCCUGCAACUCAUGGGUUCAAUCCAAAAAGGAUCAUCCUGGAAAAAGGUUGUUCUUCUCCAACAAGCCAUAUCUGCCUGGUGAGACACCUGCAGGGCUGAGAGCAUUGAGAGAAAAAGAGUUGAGAGACUUGAGGGGUGAUGGCAAAGGAGUUCGGAAAUCAUCCGAUCGGAUAUAUGACUAUGAUGUGUAUAAUGAUUUGGGAAACCCUGAUAAUGGAAUCAAUUCCGCUCGGCCAAUGCUUGGAGGCGAAAAAAUCCCAUUUCCCAGACGGUGUCGCACUGGACGGCCUCCAUCCAAGACCGACAUGCAUGCAGAGAGUCGAGUUGAGCUGCCAUUUCCAAUGUAUGUGCCUAGGGAUGAACAAUUUGAGGAGGUGAAGCAAGACACAUUCUCUGAUAUGAGGGCUAAGGCAGUGUUACAUAACUUAAUACCGGGAUUAAAGGCUAGCAUGUUGGCCGAUAAACAAGAUUUUAAGUUGUUUACUGAUAUCGAUUGCCUCUACAAAGACGACUCUAAAGUAGGGUUACAUGAUGAACAAUUGAAGAAGCUCCCAUUGCCUCCUAAGGUCAUUGAUACCAUCCAAGAGUCAAGACAAGGCAUUUUCCGAUACAACACUCCCAAGAUUCUUACUAAGGACAAAUUCGCUUGGUUAAGAGAUGAUGAAUUCGCCCGCCAAGCAAUAGCAGGCAUAAAUCCAGUUAACAUUGAGAAGCUUAAGGUGUUCCCUCCGGUGAGCAACCUUGAUCCUGAGGUCCACGGUCCACAAGAGUCUGCACUCAAAGAAGAACACAUCGUGGGCCAUCUUAACGGCAUGACUAUAGAACAGGCCUUGGAAGAAAACAAACUAUUCAUAGUGGAUUUUCAUGACAUUUACCUUCCAUUCCUUGAUCGUAUCAAUUCCCUUGAUGGUAGAAAGGCGUAUGCAACUCGUACCAUCUUUUUCUUGACUCCUGUUGGAACCUUAAAGCCCAUCGCAAUCGAGCUUAGCCUUCCACCAUCGGCGCCUAUUACUCGAGCAAAGCGGGUCAUCACACCUCCGGUCGAUGCAACAAGUGAUUGGACUUGGAAGCUCGCAAAAGCUCAUGUCUGCUCCAACGAUGCAGGAGUUCAUCAACUCGUUAAUCAUUGGUUGCGCACACAUGCAUGCAUGGAACCAUUCAUACUGGCCGCACAUAGGCAACUAAGUGCGAUGCACCCUAUAUUUAAGCUUCUAGAUCCGCAUAUGCGAUAUACUCUAGAGAUCAAUGGCAUGGCACGUCAGACUUUGAUCAACGCCGAUGGAGUGAUAGAGUCAUGCUUCACUCCAGGCCGAUAUUGCAUGGAAAUAAGUGCCUCUGCAUAUAAAAAUUUUUGGCGCUUCGACUUAGAGGGUCUCCCAGCUGAUCUUAUUCGCAGGGGGAUGGCAGUUCCCGACCCAGCACAACCUCAUGGGCUGAAGCUUUUGAUAGAAGACUACCCAUAUGCCAACGAUGGGCUUCUAAUCUGGCGCGCUAUUGAGAACUGGGUCAAAACCUACGUGGCCCACUACUACCCAAGCCCAAGCGUCGUCAUAUCCGACCGGGAGCUUCAAGCCUGGUACUCCGAGGCCGUCAACGUUGGCCAUGCUGAUCUCCGCCACGCCGCCUGGUGGCCCUCCCUCUCCACCCCAGACGACCUCGCUUCAAUCCUUACCACCCUCAUCUGGCUCGCCUCCGCCCAACACGCUGCCCUAAACUUCGGCCAAUAUCCCUACGGCGGCUACGUCCCCAACCGCCCUCCGCUCAUGCGCCGCCUCAUCCCGGAACCAACGGACCCCGAAUACACCAACUUCCUCAACGACCCACAACGCUACUACCUCUCCGCGCUGCCCGGCGUCCUCCAAUCCACCAGCUUCAUGGCGGUGGUCGACACUCUUUCCACCCACUCGCCUGAUGAAGAGUACAUCGGCGAGCGGAACCACCCCUCGACGUGGUCCGGCGACGCCGAGAUCAUCGAGGCGUCUUAUGAGUUCUCGGCGGAAAUAAGGAGGAUAGAGAAGGAGAUCGAGAAGAGAAACGCCGAAUUUAGCCGAAGAAACAGGUGCGGUGCAGGAGUUUUGCCAUAUGAACUACUGGCGCCGAGCUCGGGGCCGGGAGUAACGUGUAGAGGGAUUCCAAACAGUGUGUCGAUAUGAGGCCCAAGAUGGAGGUGGGCCUGGACCAAUUGGGCACAACACAAGCCCAGUUACAUGAAAGACCAUUAGAGUAAUCAUGGAUUAUGAACAUAAUUGGAUAUUUGUACGUAAAUUUUGGUGUAAAAGCACUUAAUUUAAGUGCUGAGUUUAACUUUUAGGGUUGUAUAUGAACAUAGAGCUCAUAAUGAAGCAUAGGGCUGUACCAUAUCAUAAGCCAUUUAAAUUAUUUUAUAUUGCAAAAUUUUUAUUAUUUCCACAAA